AUGAAAAUGCACUACACCCUCAAGUUCAAUCCCAGAGUCAUCCAAGAUUUAGAAGAUGAGGAUGACUUGGAUAACGUGGUUUCCCACAGUGAUGACUUUGCAAAUGUGUACCUAGUAGACUUACCCUGUGUGGAAGUCAUUGAAGCAAAUAUACCGAAUACAGAGUUGGCAUUUGGAGGUCCACGUGCCACAUUUCCUUCCUCUAAUGCAUCAUGCGAUGCAAUUCCUAAUACUAUGAUGCUAUCAAGAGGUUUUGCGUCGUGUUGUGCAAAUAGUGAGUACACCCCUUUGAAAUCGAUUCGUUUUCAUCAGGCAAUAUUAGGGUCGGGACAUACAUUUAAAAAUGUUGAGGAGUUUCGUAAUGCAAUUUAUCAGAUGUCGUUAGGUGGAAGGUUUGAAUACAAGUACAAGAAAAAUUCCCCUACGCAUAUGUCUGUAAAGUGUUCGGUUGAGGGUUGUCAUUGGAAGAUAACAACUCACGUUGUAGAGGAAAAUGUCAUCUUGCGAAUUCAUACUUACCAAGUGAAUCAUAAUCAUAUAGCUGAGGAUGAGUGUUCAUCUAAGGUCAAGGUUUCUUCAAAGAUAGGCAUGGUUGUUGUUGAAGAUAUGUUUAGAACCACUCCAGACUAUCUUUCCCGUCAAAUUUGUAAGGAUUUUGAACGUGAUCAUGGAGUUCAAUUGACAUAUAACCAAGCAUGGCACCUUAAAGAGAAGGCAAAAGAGCGCAUAUAUGGAGCUCCAUGUGAGUCCUACACGUUUGUCCAUUGGUUAUGCCAUAGGCUAAGGGAAAUCAACCCUGACACUAUUGCAGAGUACACUUCCCAUGAAGGUCACUUCAUGCAAUUGUUCAUUGCCCAUGCAUUUUCAAUUCAAGGUUUCAUCAUGGGGUGUCGAUCAGUAUUGACUAUUGAUUCUUGCCACCUAAGCGGUCUAUAUAAGAGAGCUCUAUUGUUCGCCAUUGCAUAUAAUACAGAUGAUGGAAUGUUCCCUCUAGCUCUUGGUGUGAUCAGUUCAGAAAAUUAUGAGGAUUGA